AUGGCUUCGGUUCCGACAACCACGACGAGCGGUUCUCCGCAUCCCAAUUCGCAUCACCAUGCACAAGACGACGAGUCACUCACUCCGCUCGAGCAAGAGGUCUUAGACGAAUACACUAAAGUCCUCGAAAACCUGAACAGUUUCUCAGCCCUCCUCGCCGACCUCGCCGCCAAACCAAGCACCCAAAUCCUCGAGUCGUUGCGCGGACUGGAGCGUAAGACAAGUUUGGUGUUCACACUGCUAAAGGCGAGUGUGUAUAGCAUUGUGCUGCAGCAGCAGAUUCUAGGGGAUGAGGCGGAUGAGGAGUCGGCCACUGGUGCGGAAUGA